AUGAUAGCCCCUACCGCCCUCCUCCUGGCCCUCAUAAGCCUCAUACCCUCGGCCAUCGCCGCACAAGACAAGUCAAGAUGUAGCCUCCAGAACCAACACCACCAAAACUACGCCCAAAACAUCGGUAUGCGCUACAAGGAGGAGUGCAUCCGCGUCGGGCUUCACGUCUCCAACACGGGCGCCUGCAGGGUCUCGUGCGAUCACCUCCCCACCUACUACGAAUGGGCCAAUAUCUAUGGGCGCGAAAAGACAGCGCGAAAGAAGGCGAGGCUGCAGGAGAGGAAGCGGGAGAAGCAACGGAUGGCAGACCUCGCCAAGAAGCUUGGCCUUCCUCCUCUGUAUAAUACCACCACUCCUGAUCCGUCUACGGCUUCUGCUCUCCCCGUGGCGGUGGGAAAUGACAAGAUGGAGAUCGAAUCAACUUCUUCAGAAGAGCCUGCAAUGUUGCUCUCUACUCGUGGAAUCACAGCAGCACCGACUGCUACCGCAGCAGCUCUCAAGAUCGCAAAUACAUCGACUAGGCCCUGCAAGCCCAAGGAGAUCUCAGGCUAUGACCCCCUAUGCACCCUCACCCGCAGAGUCCCCCGCUACUCCAAAAUCCAAGCCGCGCUGUCUUCCUCCCUACAGGCAGCGGCGUCUACCCUCAACGCAAAAGCGUCAAGCUACCGCGUCAUGCUCAACGAUGCCAAAGCUACCGCCGUGGAAAAGACUGCCACCGUCACCGCGACAGUCGAGAAGCUGGUCACCAGAUGCACAUCAUCGUCGUCAGCAAAGACUUCAACUACCAAGGCCGCUGGUAGCAACACCACACCUACCCCAAUUGCACGUACAACCUCGACCAAGAAGCAGACGAAGGCGACGAAAACGACGACUUCGUUGAAACCCACUAGGACCAUAUAUGUAGCCUCCGAGGGUUCAUCUACCUCCAUUAUGUGGUCGAUGCUCGUGGCGUGGAUUGGUAUUCAGGUCCUGUUUCUAGUAGUCAUGUAG